GUUGUCGAGACAGGGUCUCUUGCUUUUUGGUAACGAAUUGAUCAUAACUGGAUCUAACUCACAAGGCAAGCCACGGUGUUUGUUGGCCGAGUUCUUUCUGCUCUCUAUCUUAUAUCCUUCAAGAUGGCCGUCCCCGGGUCUUGUCGUCGCCAUCUCUUCCAUCUCUCCCAUCGUUCACGCAGCAAUCCUACAACGACAACACAGUCAAUCACCCGCGGAUUUCAUUCUUCCCCUACCACCAUGUCUACCUUCGCUGCCUUCAAACUGCCCAGCAUCUCCAACGAGCCAAACGCGCACUACACCAAAGGCUCGGCGUCCCGAGAGGGCCUGGUGUCGGCGUUGGAGGCAUUCAAGUCCAAGAGUCCCCUCGAGGUACCCCUCGUCGUCACGGGCAAAUCGAUAAAGACCUCCUCGAUCCUGACCCAGAACAACCCAUCUUCCCACUCGACCUCAGUCGCAAAGUAUUCGAACGCCUCGGCCGAAGAUGUCCAGAACGCCAUCGACGGCGCCCUGGCCGCGAAGCCGGCCUGGGAGUCUCUCCCCUUUGCAGAUCGGGCCGCCAUCUUCCUCAAGGCCGCGGACCUCAUCAGCACGAAAUACAGAUACGAGAUCAUGGCAGCCACGAUGCUAGGACAAGGGAAAAAUGCAUGGCAGGCAGAGAUCGACUCGGCGGCGGAGCUGGUGGACUUUUUGAGGUUCAACGUUCGUUAUGCGGAAGAGUUGUAUGCACAACAACCUCCCUACAAUUCACCUGGCGUGUGGAACAGGGUCGAGUACCGACCGUUGGAAGGGUUCGUCUAUGCCAUCUCACCCUUUAAUUUCACCGCCAUCGGUGGUAACCUGCCAGGCGCUCCGGCCUUGAUGGGUAACGUCGUGGUGUGGAAGCCCAGCCCUUCUGCCGUCGCCUCGAACUACCUGCUCCAUCAGAUACUUGUGGAAGCUGGGCUCCCCGCCGGUGUCAUCCAGUUCGUGCCGGGAGACGCCGAAGAGGUCACAAAAGUCGUCCUCUCACACAAGCAGUUCGCCGCGCUACACUAUACGGGUUCGACUGCCGUCUUCCGGAAACUCUACGGCCAAAUCGGCCAGGGUAUCGCCGAGGGUCGGUACAAAGGAUACCCUAGGAUCGUGGGAGAGACCGGAGGCAAGAACUUCCACCUCGUCCACAACAGCGCCGACGUCGACAACGCGGUCGCCCAAACGAUCCGCGGCGCGUUCGAGUACCAAGGACAAAAGUGCAGUGCGUGUUCGAGACUCUACGUCCCGUCGUCGAUCUGGCCCGAGUUCAGGUCGAAACUGGUGUCCGAGACCGAAAAACUCAAGGUCGGACCGCCGGAGGAGUUUGGCAACUUCAUCGGCCCCGUCAUCCACGAGGCGAGUUUCAAAAAGUUGUCGGGGGUGAUUGACGAAGCCGCGAAACCCGACUCGGGCCUUGAAUUGAUCGUCGGAGGAAAAUACGACGACUCAAGGGGUUACUUUAUUCAUCCUACCAUUUACGUCUCGAAAGAUCCCACCCACAAGAAUUUCACCACGGAAUUCUUCGGUCCCAUCCUGACUUGUCAUGUCUAUGAUGAUUCCAAGGCCGACGCGUUUGAACAAGUUUGCAAGUUGGUGGACAGCACUUCAGAAUAUGGUCUCACGGGGGCAAUCUUUGCUCAAGAUCGUGCUGCGGUGAGAUAUGCCGAAGAGGCUCUACGAAACGCCGCGGGCAAUUACUAUAUCAAUUGCAAGUGUACAGGUGCCGUUGUAGGUCAACAACCAUUCGGUGGGGCGAGAGCUUCGGGUACAAACGACAAGGCGGGUUCCGCGGCCAUCCUGUCACGUUUCGUCAGUAUGAGGUCGAUGAAGGAGGAGACUCUACCGAUUUCGAAAGUCGAAUACCCAUCCAACGAGGUCUGAUCUUGUCCUUUGAACCUGAGGAGGAGAAAAAAAACCCAAACAGGAACCAAAACAAUGAAUAUGAAAUACGAACUCGGGAGGUGGGACAUGAGGAUCCCAAAAUGAAUGGCGUCGAGGUUUACGUUUUACGAAAAGCAAAUCGGACUCGGUGCCGUUACAGAAUUGGUCUGAACCAGUCAAUUAAUUAGUCGAUUGGAAAUUUUUCGAGAUUGAGAACUUCUACAAUUCAGCAUCAGAGUGAAAUACCAAAGUAAACAAGACCAGGUACCAGGUAGGUAGUAUACUCCCGGACUCCAUACGGGAAGUACCUUGGAGUUCGUAACAUGGCAGAAUCGUGAGACCAGAGGCAAAGGGUUCGUUCGUUCUUACCCAGGUGGGUUGACCGAGUACCAAACUUGGCUGCCGAACCGAGGGACUUGUACCUAGGUAGGUAUCAAAUCUUUCUUUUUGGGGGGGGAAGGGGACCAGUCGUUCACUCAGUUCGCUCAUACCAACCCCUUUUUUCCCCCUUUUGAACCAAGAGAGAAUUGCCAAAAAAAAAGGGGGAAGGGGGGGGAAGGCCAGAGAUCCAUCUCAUGAGCCCCCGUGCCCUCCCGCGGUACGGUAUAAUUGUCGACCAAUUCAGAGAAUGUGAAAGAAUACGGAUAUACAUAUCAUACACCGACAGAUACAACACAUACCUACAGGAGUCGAAUCAAAAGUGGCAGGGGGACACAAUGAGACACGCAGACAGACAGACAGACAGACAGAAAGAAAGCGAGGCAGAAAUGUCGAGAGAAAUCAAAAGAUGGACUUCACCAACACCCCAAGUUAAAAAAAAAAGGCAUGGCAAAGGAAAAAACUUGUUUCUUUAAAGAAGGAAAGCUUUGUUGUUGAGCUGCAGAUACUGCAAUGAGAGCAAAAGAAAAAAGUCAUGCAUGGUAAUCAAGAAUGCACUCUGACAAUCCCAUGUGCAACACACACUGAUACCAUUGCUCUUUGAAUCCAAUGAGCU